AUUUUAGAAAGAAGUUUGCACAAAAAGAGCUCUACACAUUUACGAUUUAUGAUGAAAUCCAUUACUUUAAUCUCUGUUUUUAUCUUUUUCUUCGCCGUUUCUACGAUACUUGCCGCUGUACCUUACAUCACUAUGCCAGCUUCAGAAAAUGUCGUACAAUGCGGAAAGCCUAUGGAAAUUAAGUGGAUAAUUGCAAGUCAAGAAGGUCCCGAAAGGCAACCAAUGUAUCUAUAUCAAGGUGACGAUGAAAAAAAUCUUAAAAGAAUCCUAACGAUUACCGAAGCGUGUAAUUUGAAGGAUCAAAAAUUACAGUAUACACUUCCCACAAGUUUAGCCACUGAUAACAAUUACGCUAUUUGUAUUGGAGAAAAAUUUAGCCAUAAAUUUAAGAUAGAGUGCGAUAAAUAA